AUGGCGGGUGGAGAUUCAACGUCUUCACGCCACAACGCCACGUUAUCAUCCAUUUUCAACGCCAGAAAAACCCAUCUCUUCCUUCUUAUCACCCUUCUAUGCAUCGCUUCCUACCUCCUCGCUGCUUACCAACAACAAGGAACUCGCUUCACCACCUUACUCUCCCUCUCCACAACCCAGCCAUCCAACCACUUCAACGUCACAACGACGUCGUUCACAAGCUUCCCACGCUGCAGCGCCAACUACAGCGAGUACACGCCGUGCGAGGAUCCUCAAAGGUCGCUGCGGUACAAGCGGAGCAGAAUGAUAUACAGGGAGAGGCACUGCCCCGUGGAGGAGAGGGAGGCUUUGCGAUGUAGGGUUCCGCCACCCUAUGGCUACCUCAACCCCUUCCCGUGGCCCGCAAGCAGGGAUGUUGCGUGGUUCGCUAACGUCCCCCAUCGGGAGCUCACCGUGGAGAAGGCUGUGCAGAAUUGGAUCCGGUUCGACGUCGACCGCUUCAUUUUCCCUGGCGGCGGAACCAUGUUCCCCAACGGUGCCGAUGCUUACAUUGAUGACAUCGGAAAGUUGAUCAAUCUCAAAGAUGGCUCUGUUAGGACUGCUCUUGAUACUGGCUGUGGGGUUGCUAGUUGGGGAGCCUAUCUUCUAUCCCGUGACAUUCUAACAUUGUCAAUUGCACCAAGGGAUACCCACGAAGCACAAGUUCAGUUUGCUCUUGAGCGAGGAGUCCCUGCAUUGAUUGGUGUUCUUGCCUCCAAGAGGCUCCCUUUCCCUUCGAGAGCUUUUGACAUGUCUCAUUGCUCUCGCUGCCUCAUUCCAUGGGCCGAAUAUGAUGGGAUUUUUCUUAAUGAAAUUGAUCGAGUUCUACGCCCUGGCGGGUACUGGAUUCUAUCUGGGCCACCAAUCAACUGGAAGAAAUACUGGAAAGGGUGGCAAAGAACAGUGGAGGAUCUGAACAAAGAGCAGACCAAAAUUGAGAAGGUAGCCAAAAGUCUUUGCUGGAACAAGCUAGUGGAGAAGGAUGAUAUUGCUAUUUGGCAGAAACCAAAAAACCAUUUAGAUUGCAAGGCCAAUAAACUAGAGAGGUCUUUCUGCAAUGUACAAAACGAUCCUGACAAGGCCUGGUAUACCGCUUUGCAAACAUGUUUGAGUCCUGUGCCUCAAGUGUCUAACAAAGAAGAAAUCGCAGGUGGAAUGUUGAACACUUGGCCAAACAGACUAGAAUCCAUCCCACCAAGGAUUUAUAAGGGUACCAUAGAAAGUGUUACACCCAAAACUUAUUCGAAAGAUUAUAAGACGUGGGAGAAAAGGGUAUCAUAUUUUAAGACAGUAAACAAUCAACUAGGAAAUGCUGGAAGGUACCGCAACCUUUUGGACAUGAAUGCCUACUUGGGUGGAUUUGCCGCUGUACUAAUUAAUGAUCCUGUUUGGGUCAUGAAUGUGGUUCCUGUUCAGGCCAAGGUUAACACACUUGGAGCAAUAUAUGAACGUGGAUUGAUUGGAAUAUAUCAUGAUUGGUGUGAAGCAAUGUCUACUUAUCCUAGAACUUAUGAUCUAAUUCAUGCUGAUUCAGUGUUCAGCCUUUACAGUAACAGAUGUGAAAUGGAAGACAUUCUACUAGAAAUGGAUAGGAUUCUUAGGCCUGAAGGAAGUGUUAUCAUCAGAGAUGACGUUGAUAUAUUAGUAAAAGUAAAGAGCAUGGUGAAUGGAUUGGAAUGGGAUAGUAUGAUUGUAGACGAUGAAAAUGGGCCUCUUGAAAGGGGGAAACUUCUAUUUGCUGUGAAGAAGUAUUGGACAGCUCCUGCAGCUUCCGAAAACACUAAUUAA